GUUCACGUCAUUUCCGGUAGGUCAUUUCUUUUGUUUUUCGCAUUUUCUGACCGAUUACAGGAAUUUGUGUUUGGUGUUAUGAUUUUGGGGCUGAAUAUAAAGAAAAACUAAUUAAGAGAAGUAGAUCGAGCAGAUCGGAACCAUGUCUGCAGAGCAGCUGGACCUGUCCCCUCCUGAAGUCCCUGAACCCACUUUGCUUGAAAGUAUCCUGCGCUACGGGCUGUUUCUGGGCGCCAUCUUCCAGCUAAUAUGCAUUCUGGCUAUCAUCUUCCCCACAUCCAAGAGCCAACAACAGGAGGAGGUGGAGCCCAGUGAAAGUAAGCCUGCCGAGCCGGUGAAGAAAUCCAAAGGACCCGCACCUCAAAGCCGACAAAAGCCUAAGAAAGAAAGCAAAAAGAAGCGAUAGUGUUGCACAUUUGUGUUCAUUUUACCAUGCAGAAGAAUUUUCACUCUUCUAGAAGUUUUAACUGUAACAACAAAUACACUUAUGCUAUUUUACAGCAGUAUUGCAACUCACAGCAACCUUCAAGUCACAUCAAGCAGUCAUUCUUUGCUUUUUUUUUUUUUUCCUGAGAAACAUAUUAAGUGUUUUUUUCUUAUCUUUUUUAUGGGUAUUAAUGAUUAAAGUGUAUCUACAUUGAAACAGAGAGAAAAGGUGUGUCUUUAAGUGCACUCACUACCAAAGUUAAAUUUAUUGUGUUUGGUAUGAAAUGAAUUCAGGUUUAUUUUAUUCAUUAUUUCAGGUUUCCCCCCUGGUAUCAUCACACCAGAGGUACUUUUGAAAAUAUCAGACCAUUUUUUCGACAAUUGUGUCAAAAUGUAAUGAGCAAUAUAAUUGUGUGCUUAAAAAGGUUUGCUUUUUAAAAGAAACUUUUUGGUAUUGAAAGUAUUAGGCUGUUUCAGGUUAUGGAAAAAGUAGUUAGUAAGCUGAAAUGUCCUAAAUAAACAUUUUAUACAUAAAGGAGUGUUCAUUUCACAAACGCAUGUAGGCUAAAUAGCAGGAAAUGUGUUGGCAAUUUUUGGUUUGAUGCUUGUAUAAAGUGAUCUUUAAAUGUU